AUGCGCGUCGCUUCAAUCCUUGUGGCUACCUCGUUGUUCCUUUCUGCUGCUCAUGGCUUUGGGCUUGGAUUUGCUGCUGAUAGUGGCGGUGGAGGUGGUGGCGGUGGUAGCAAGAAGAUCGUCGUCAGCAACAACUGCAAGGAUACUCUUAAAGUAGGCGUAUCUACCAAUGGACAAUCAGGUGGUGGUGAUUCGUUUGACUUGUCACCAGGCUCUAGCCAAACCAUUACCAAGAGCGAUCAUUGGGGUGGUCGUGUUUGGGGAGCCCACUGUGGUGAUGGUGGUGGCGGCGGCGGCGGCGGUGGCGGUAACAACAAAACUAGUGGUGGUGGUAACAGCAAGAGAGAUGGUGGUGGUGGACAUUGCAGUGGUGGAGCCGAUAAUCCAGCAUCACUUGCCGAAUUCUUCUUCAAGGGUAUGGGUGGCCAUGAUUAUUACGACAUUAGCUUGGUGGAUGGAUACAACUUGCCUAUGACUAUCAACCCUGACAAAAGUGGAGGUGGUAAUGGCAAGUACAAAUGUGGCUCGCCAUCAUGUGAUGUACCAAGCUGUCCCAAGGAGUAUGCUGUCAAGGAUAGCAGUGGCAAGGUUACCGGAUGCAAGAGCUCAUGCUCAGCUACCAACAGUGAUGAACAUUGCUGCAAAGGGAAGUACGAUGAUCCCAAGACUUGCAAGCCCGAUAAGCAAUCUGAAAACGUCAAAAAGACUUGUCCUGAUGCCUAUUCGUUUGCCUACGAUGAUCAGACAAGCACCUUUAAUUGUGCCGUUGACACCUACGAAGUCAAGUUUUGCUAA